CGGAACUUCCCAAAUGUUGUACUGACAUUUGCAUAGAAACAGAAUUGAACGGCGAGAAUAGAGAACAGUCCGAAGGAACGUUUCGUCCUCAGCUUCGGCCAGCAUCUUCAGCGGUCUUCAGCGACGUUUCUUCCUGCAAGAAAGCAUUCCUGACGGGAAAGCAAAAGUGUUCGUUUGACUACAGACAUCAGACUCAUCAUGUUGCAUUGGCAAUUUUCCUUUUUCUCGUAUGUCUGCGUGAUUCUCAUGUUAUUUUGUGCCACCGAGCAAAAUGAAAUAUCUAACGACACGAACAAUCGCCUUCUACCCGCCUACACUAUCGCCUAUACCAUCGCCUCGAGAGCCGAUCUUCUCAAUUCGACGACAUGCAGGGAAGAAUUACGAGAAUUUCGAAACGCCGUCGAUCAUCGGAUAUUAUGGAGCCUGAAAGUACUAGACUCAAACGGCGAACCUAAAUCGGGUUUUCUCUAUGGAAAUAAUUUCUGGCUGGGCAGCCGUAGCCAAUGUCAGGACACGAUGAAUUCACAUUCUUUGGAACUGGCGGAACGUGAAACGCUAAAUAAUACGCUAUACCGCGACCGACGAGAGGAAUUUCCGCCCUUCAAAAUAAAUUACUUCGUUGCUCAUUUCAGGCACAAUAGUACUCUUCAGUACCAGGUUACAUAUCCUAACGACGAUUUAAUUACUCUCGGUCUCUGUUUACCGGCAUCCUGCUCCACGAACAAUCUAAGCUUCAUUUUGAAGAGAAUAUUUCGUGACAGAACUCUUUUGAUCGGUGGCCUUUACUCCGCGGACUUUAGAUUGAUUGAAGUCAAAGAUCUGAAAGAAGAUAAUCAAUGGUUAUUCAAUGGUGCAGUAUUUUUCAUCGGAUUUGUAUUGGUGUUUACUUGGACCUUGAUGUUAAUCGGAACGAUAUACGAUAUAUUCGUGCAUCAAAAAUACUUGAAAGCGAAAAACCUUCGCACAUAUAGCGAUAAUACGACUCUGCCACUAAAGAUAUUGGAUUGUGAUACGAAUAACUCGAAAGAUGUGCCAGAAGACGCGGAACUAAUGUCUCUACGCAAAGAAAGUAAACUCGAACAAGUAUUGAUAUGCUUCUCCGUUUACACAAACACGAAAUUUAUAUUCGGCACAACAAUGAACAGCAGUUCGAUAUCCGUCAUUCACGGCUUGAGAUUUAUAGGCAUGACUUGGAUGAUCAUGAUCCAUACCAUAUUUUACACGAUGGAUUAUUUCGAUAACAGAGCAUGGAUUAUGAGAAUGAGCGAGGGCUUCGCCACUCAAGUAAUCAGCAAUUCAACGUUAGCGGUCGAUACUUUCUUUUUCAUCAGCGGAUUUUUACUCGCUUAUUUAUAUCUGGAGAAAUCAAUGGGUAAAACGUAUAAUAAGCCGAUUAAUUACGCGGCGAAGCUGAACGAGUUCUUUGUCGUCGUAACGAGAAGAUUUAUCCGGCUAACACCUCCUUAUAUGAUGACGAUAGGAAUAGUAUACUUGAAUUCGUCCUGGUACAGCAGGACCUCGCAGUUUUACAUGAACGAAAGACCGCACGAGACAUGCGCCAAAUACUGGUGGAGAAAUCUUUUGUACAUAAAUAAUCUCUUCGACCAUAACUCGAUGUGCAUGUCUUGGAGUUGGUACCUUUCCAAUGACACGCAAUAUUUCGUAAUCGGCUUGAUCCUAUUGAUUUUGUUGACUAUAUACUUUUACACGGCCGUUGUCAUACUAUGCACUCUUCUGAUAGGCACGAUUGUACUCACCGGUUAUAUAUCAUACGCUAAUGAAUACGUCCCGACGCUGGACGAACAGUAUAGACUCCAGAAUAUCCUGUACUACUCGCCGUGGACUAGAAUAGGUCCUUACAUCAUCGGAAUGAUUACUGCUUACCUUGCGCUAAAACUGAACAAAAAAUUGGUCUUAAAAAGGAGGACUGUAAUUUUGUGUUGGUGUCUUGGUAGCGCUUGCAACGUUUCCGUAUUGUUCGGCUUGUGCGAGCGAUACAUAUCUGUUCUCGCCACUGCCUUUUACGUUGGACUGAGCAGGACGGUCUGGGCGAUAGGUCUGGCAUGGAUUUUAAUAGCGUGUUACACUAAACACGGAGGCAUAGUCAAUCAGUUGUUGUCGUUCAGAGGUUGGAUACCUUUAAGUAGACUCACUUACUGCGCUUACCUUUUAAAUCCUUUCAUCAUAAACUCGAUUCACUUGUACAGUGAAUCGGCCGAUCAUUUGAACUUUCUGACUGCGUGUACCAUGUUUCUUGGGAACUUAGUAAUUACUUAUUUUUGCGCUUACGCGUUGUCUUUAAUGUCAGAGGCUCCGUAUAUAUCGCUAACGCAAAAGUUGGCUCAGUCUCGCGGCAUAAAAAAAUGAGAUGUGCGAGACAAUCUCAUUCAUAAAUUUUGCGGACGUGAUCGCAAUACCAAUACCGCAAUAUAGCAACGCAUUAGCAUAGCUUUGUAAUUAGUUUAAUCACUUAGUCUUGUGCGUCUGAGAAGUGGUGUCUCCAAUAAAAUAAAAUCGGCUUUACGGCGAUACAA